AUGUCCCCUUCACCACCACCUCCACCUCCUCCACCGUUUCCUGGCGGUGGUUUAGGGUUACCACCACCUCCACCGACGUAUGAAGCACCACAUCAACCAAUGUAUGGAGCACCACCUCCACCAAUGCAUGGUGGAUCACCUCCACCUCCACCACCACCGAUGUAUGGGGCACCACCACCUCCACCGUUGUAUGGAGGAGCGCCACCUACAGCACCACAUCCACCAACUCCACCGUCACCGCCACCUCCUGGAAUAUCUGAACCUCCACCUCUACCGUUGCAUGCAAGAGUACCUUCACUACCUACAACACCACUUCCACCACCUCCACCAUUGUACGGAGGAGCGACACCUACAACACCACUUCCAUCGUUGUAUGGAGGAGCACUUCCACUGCCACCUGGACCUCCUGGUGGACCACCACCUCCACCUGGAGCAAGGCGAGGUAGAGGACGAGUACGUGGAGGACCGGGAACACAAAGAUCUAACUUAAAGCCAUUGCAUUGGAACAAAGUGACGAGCGCAUUGCAAGGAAGCUUGUGGGAAGAAUUGCAAAGACAUGGAGAGCCCCAAAGUGUGCCAGAAUUUGAUGUAUCAGAACUUGAGACACUCUUCUCUGCCAUAGUCCCAAAGAAAGCUGCUUCUAAAGAAGCUCAACAAAUCUACUUGAUUAAUGAUACAAGGAGAGUUAAUAACUCGCAAAUCAUCCUUACAAGAAGAAGCGAUAUGGCUGCAAUUUUAGCUCUGAAUAACCAACCAAACAUGCCCAGAGUUGUUCAUACUUUCACUCCUCAAUUUGCCAAUUACAAGAAGAUAGAACAUUAUUUUUAUAUGCAUUACAGACCAGCAUCCGAAGUAUAUUCAACAAUCAGAAUUCAAAAUGUAAUGGAUUUGAAGAAGAGAGUGUACAAAAGGGUAUUUGAUUACUAUGAAUAUACAAUUGAAAGAAUAGAUGGAACAAUCAGUAUGUUUACAGAUGCAGAAAUUCCUCAUUUGAAUCCUCAUGAUUUGAAGUUUCUGUUGGUAUAUUUUGGAGAGAAGCAUGAUAAAGGAGUUGUACAAUAUAGGGAUAUUCUCAUGAGGGUAAGAAAGGCUUUAAAAGAGUACAUUCAAUGUUUUUCAAGGGUAGAUAUGGAAUUAGCAAAGAGUUUUGGAGUGGAACAUUUGGUAAUAGAAGCUCCCAACACUAAAUUUGAUAAUAUUGAACAACACAGAAGUGAAACCGUACUACAAGAAAUUUGUAGAUAUGGAAACAAAAAGCAUUUCUUUCGUUUGUCUGAAGCUCAAAAGUUUGAUAACUUCACUGUGCACAACCUGGUUAAUCUUGUAGUGAAUCAUGAGAAUGCAGACGAGAAUCUGAAAAAGCAUGUGUUAGAAAUUCUUCAUUGUCACAUGAAUGCAAAAAUUAAGAUGUCAUUUCCUGAUAUGGUGGUUGCAAUUUUAGCUAUGAAUGAUAACCUUAUAGAUUCCGAUCAAAUACAAGAUUUUCUCAAAUUCUAUCCCACGAAAGAAGAGAUGGAGCAAGUCAAGAAGAAGUUCACUGAUGACUCUGAGACAAUGAUUAAGCACGAACAGUAUAUCCUGGACCUAAUGAAGGUGCCACGUAUGGAUGCGAAAUUAAGGGCUUUUCUGUUCAAAAUUAAAUUUAACAUGCAGCUUACAACAGAGUUUAGAACAAGUCUAAACACAAUAAACUCUGCAUGUGAUGAGGUGCGGAGCAAGAUGACUUUAAUGCAUUAUCUCUGCAAGAUACAACUGAAAGUUUUAGCAGAAGAAAUGCAAGCCAUUCUGAAAGGGUUAGAAAAAGUUAAACAGGAACUAGCUGCAUCGGAAAAUGAUGGCCCCGUGUCUGAAGGUUUUCGUAAGACAUUGAAGGAGUUCAUUGGCCAAGCUGAGGCGGAAAUGACAAGUGUAACAGAUUUCUAUUCCGUUGUGUGUAGAAACGUUGAUGCAUUGACCAUAUAUUUUGGUGAAGAUCCUACUCGUUGUCCUUUUGAACAAAUUACUAUGACCCUUUUGAACUUUGUUAGACUCUUCCGAAAAUGCGACGAAGAGAACUGUAAAGAGGAGGCGGAAAUGGAGCAAGUAAAGGGUGUUAAUAUAAAUUAA